AUGUCUCUGACGAAGAUCACCACUGCUGAGGAGUUCACAGCCUCAUGUCAGGGCUCUCUGACGGUGGCGCACUUUGCUGCUCACUGGGCGCCACAAUGCCAGCAGAUGAACGAGGUUCUGGAAGAGCUGGCACGUGACCCACAGCUGGCCCAUGUCCGCUUUGUCACAGUGGAGGCGGAGGACCUGCCGGACCUCUCGGUGAAGCACGCGGUGGCCGCGGUGCCCACCUUCGUCCUCUUCAGCGGCGGCCGCGCCGUAGACCGUGUGGACGGCGCGAAGGCCGCCGAACUCUCCAAGAAGGUCCAGACACAUGCGCAGCAGGGAGAUGUACCUCCACUACCGCCAGCAGCACCCAAGGAGGACCUCAACACCCGCUUGAAGCGCCUAGUCAGCCAGGCACCCUGCAUGCUGUUUAUGAAGGGCACACCAGCUGAGCCAAAGUGCGGCUUCAGCAAGCAAAUCAUCGAAAUAUUCAACACGCAUGGUGUCAAGUUCUCCAGUUUCAACAUUCUGGAGGACGACGAGGUACGCCAGGGUCUGAAGAAGUUCUCCGACUGGCCCACUUACCCGCAGGUGUACGUGAACGGCGAGCUGGUGGGCGGCCUGGACAUCAUCAAAGAGCUCGUCUCCGGCGGCGAGCUCGCUUCCACGCUGCCCUGCAAGAAAACCCGGGAAGAGAUUGACGCGCGUCUCCGUGAGCUCACCACCGCCAACCCCAUCCAGGUGUUCAUGAAAGGCGACCGCGAUCAGCCGCGCUGUGGUUUCUCGCGACAGCUGAUCGAGAUUAUGAAUUCGACCGGCGUUCAGUACGGUACGUUCGACAUCCUCUCUGACGAUGAGGUGCGGCAGGAGCUGAAGAGGUUCGCAGAUUUCCCCACAUACCCGCAGGUCUGGGUCAAGGGUGAGCUCGUUGGAGGUUUGGAUAUUAUCAAGGAGUUGCUAGAGGGCGGGGAGCUUGACGAAACGCUCAAAGUGUGAUAGGAGGCGCUGAUGAUGGCGUACCCACCAUUGACUUUGGUUGGUGUGCUUGCUUCCACAAUGUGUUACGCUGUGUUGGGUUCGCUGCUUCACUGUCUGACGUCUAAGCGGGUACCUAAUUCGACGCAGUUUGGUUACCCAAAAUUGUAGCUGGUGUCAUAAUGUUGUAUUCAGAGCAUUUAACUUUUAAAAUAAACAGGAAUUGAGUCAUG